AAAGCACGAGCAGAAGAAGCAGCGGCGGGUCGCUUAGCCGCUAGUGCGUUAAAAAUCGUAUGUUUUGUUUUUAAAUCAUCAUGUCCUGGGUUAAAGCUGUGUCUCUGAGUGGAGAAGAUGUCUUCGACGAGAGUGCCGACGACCUUAGUUUACAAAGUAAGGAGUGGACCUCCAACAUGAAGAAGCGACUGAAGGACGGUUAUGUUGACGGAGUUGAUGCCGGUGAGGAGGCCUCGCUUCAGGUGGGAUUCAACCUGGGUUUCAAGGAGGCAGCGGCUCAGACUGUGGCCGUGGGCCGGCUCAGAGGAAUCGUCAGUGCUAUAUGGUGCUGGUGCCAGAUCCGGCAUCCGGAAAACCCCGUCCCUUCCUCAGUGACUGACCUCCUGCAGAGGGUCACGCAGCACGAAGACCAAGUAGCAGACGGUAUCAGGAAGGCUCUGGAGAAUCCUCCGCCCAGUGUGAGCGACAUCUCUGAGAGCAUGGAGGAUCUGGAGGUGGAACAGGCAGGUCAGGGCUGCUGUGAGGAGGGAUGUGAAGAGUCGGACUGCUGCAGGAAGGGAGAAAAAAUGGACUUGGAUGUUCUUCACAGGCCACAAAGGCUCUGCUCGGGUUCCUCUGGGGAGCUGCAUCUCCUCAUGCAGCGCUGUGUGGAUGUAGUGUCAGAACUGGGAAUGCCGCAGGAGCUCAUCAGUCACAUAGAGGAGCUGAAGGACCUGUAGUGACUGAAAGACCUGAGAUCACAAAGAGUUUGAGUGACGAAUGAAAGAAAACAGGCUUGGUGUGAAGCUCUUUCUUUUAAAAAAAAAAAAAAAAAAAGCACAAAAAUGGAUAAAAUGUUUUAUAUGC